AGCUCUCAUGGGACUCCGGCUUUACUCAUCCCUGCUGCUUCUCCUCCUGCUAUCCUCUCACGGCCUGCACGCUGCCGAAGGUAGAGCGCUGCAUUUCCAGGCCAAGGAUCCGCCAAAGAUUGGCAAGGGCGUGGCGGUGGCGGAGUCGCUGAUCGGGUCGAGGCCGCCGCGGUGCGAGGGCAAGUGCGCGCCGUGCGGGCGGUGCGAGGCGGUGCAGGUGCCCGUCGCGCCGCGGGUCGACGGCGGCAGGGGCGAGGCCGCGCCCGGCCGUGCCCGCACGUUCGGCAGGGCCGCCGGCGGCGGCGACAGGGUCCAGGAGAGCUACACCGACUACAAGCCCCUCAACUGGAAGUGCCGGUGCGCGGAUCGGCGGGCCCUGGAUCCGUGA